CCUCACAUAUGUUUUAUGUCUGUAUCUGCACAGUAUUACAGUUAUAGUUAACAUAGUGACAUUUUGAUGCAUAGAUGAAAGUUGCGCUCACAGAGGAAUCCACGUUUAGCGCAUCGGUUCAAACGAAUCAUUUAAAAGAAUCGAUUCGCGAAUCAGACAUCACGACUCCUCAGGCGCUCAGUGGAGUCUUCAUGAGGAGAACAGGAGCAUCUUUACUAACUUCUGCAACCGUUUAUCAAAUAUUUCCUCUCAGGCUUGUUUCAAUGACUAUCAGACUGAGACUGCGCAGGAACCGUAAAGACUCUUGAGGAUUAAAAACAACCGACACAAGUCGACAAUUCUGCGGUUUUACAUAGAUAGACUCGGAUACAAGAGGAUGAAUUUAUCAUACACAGUUUUUCUCCUGCUAAACCUCUUAUCGCUGUGCAACUGUAAUGAUGCAACGCAAGGUUGCAUGGAUAAGCACCGAGUGAUGGGCAUCCUGCGUCAAAUGGAGAAGUUUCUUAAAGGACAGGAGAUCCGAUUCACCGAAGGGCUUCGGAUUAUGAAAUCCAAGCUCACAAACCUUCAAAACUCAGUGUCCAAGUUCCCACAAGCAGACCAGUCCUCAUCCCAGUUCUCAUGCCCAGCUCUGGUGGCUCCGGCCCACGGCAGAAAGUUUGGCUCGAAGCACCUGGUGGGUCACGAGGUUCAUUUCACGUGUUCUCAGGGUUAUCGCUUGAUGGGAUCGGGGACACGCGUGUGCCAGGAGAACGGUACAUGGAGUGGAGCCGGUGUCGUCUGUAAAGAUGUGAGUGUGUGUGCCAGUAACCCGUGUCAGAACGGUGGCACCUGUGCGGAGGCUCUGAACCAGUACAAGUGCACCUGUCCACACAACUGGAGCGGGAGUCAAUGUCAAUACCAGACACAGACAGCCCCUCCGGAGUGGAGUGUUAUGAACGACCCGGCCUUCAGCCGCAAGCCUCGCUGUGCGAGAGUGGACCGAGCUCAACACUGCAGCUGUGACGCUGGCUUCCACAUGAGCGGCACCUCCGACAACAGCAUCUGUCAGGAUGUGAAUGAAUGUGAGGUGUUUAAGGCUGACCUUGGAGGGCCUCUGUGUGGCCACGCCUGUGUAAACGUCCCGGGAUCGUACCACUGUUCCUGUCCCACCGGAUACAAGCUGCUCGCUGAUGGAAGAAGCUGUGAGGAUGUGGAUGAAUGUCUUACACAACAGCACAACUGCAGCCGUGGCACCACCUGUAUCAACACCGGAGGAGGUUUCCAGUGUGUGAACCCCGAGUGUCCGCGCUCGCACGGCAACGUCAGCUACGUCAAGACGUCACCGUUCCAGUGUGAAAGAAACCCCUGUCCCAUGGAGAGCCGGUCCUGUCCGUUCGCCGCCAAGACCAUUUCUCACCACUACCUGUCCCUGCCGUCCAACCUGCGCACCCCGGCCACCCUGUUCCGCAUGGCGACCGCGACGGCCCCGGGUCGGCCCGGCCCCGACAGCCUCCGCUUCGGCAUCGCGGGAGGAGGAGACUCCAGGAACACGUUCGUGAUGCAGCGCUCGGACCGUCAGACCGGAGAGCUGAUCCUCGUCCGGCCCAUGCCAGGCCCACAGGAGCUCAGCGUGGAGGUGGAGAUGUCCGAGUACGCCGAGCGCACCUUCCAAGCCAAACAUCUGGCACGGGUCCACCUCCUGAUCUCACCCUACGAGUUCUGAGGAGAGGCGGCUUGCUGUCCAAAUCUAGAGUUAUGUUUAGACUCCAAGAGGAAAGAAUGUUUUCCUUAUUGCUAAAGCUGAAUGAUAGAGUUGUUCUCGAGAGGCGGCUCGGAUUUUGACGUCGGGAGGAUGGCGCGAAAAUGAAAAUAUGGGAAAGUCAUGCUCAAAUGGAAGUCAAAUUAAUAUUCUAAGGUAAUAAGUAAAGAAAAAUACUUUUGCUUUAUCCUGCUGGUACAUUUGCGGUUAAAGGUGAAGCGUGUAAUUAUUUUCUCUGUUAAAAUACUUACAUUUAUUCGUUUUUAAAACCUGCACAAAUAAAAUGAAUGCUGUAUGUCCAGUGCAAUCACAAAAUAAAGCAUGCAUCUCAGAUUCUUUUACUUGCUGUAAUUAAAGCGCUAGAUCAUGUCAUUUUAAAGAUUAAUAAUCACAUUAGGUCAUAUCCAUCCUCAAAAUUUAAGAUCUCUUAAAUGAUAAUUAAGACUUUUGUAAUACCAUUCAAGAUAUUGAAUCUAACGUUUGGGGUUGCUUGCGUCACAAAAAUCACACAAUUGUACUCUCAUUCAUUCAAGAACUACAGUAAUGGUCAAACAUAAAAAAUGCAGGGUUUUUUUUUUUACGUGGUAAGCAAUAAAGCUUAAUGCAAGUGGAAAAAUAGUACAAGAAAGUGUAUUAUGCACAUGUUUUAGAAAAAGAAUGAUGAUAUACAAAGAUAUUUAUUCAUUUAUUCGUUUUAAAACCAAAUUUUAAAACCUGCACAAAUAAAAUGAAUGCUGUAUGUCCAGUGAAAUCACAAAAUAAAGCAUGCAUCUCAGAUUCGUUUACUUACUGUAAUGAAAGUGUCAUUUUAAAGAUUAAUAAUCGCAUUAGGUCAUAUCCAUCCUCAAAAUUUAAGAUCUCUUAAAUGAUAAUUAAGACUUUUGUAAUACCAUUCAAGAUAUUUAAUCUAACGUUUGGUGUUGCUUACGUCACAAAAAUCACACAAUUGUACUCUCAUUCAUUCAAGAACUACAGUAAUGGUCAAACAUAAAACAUGCAGGGUUUUUUUUUAUGUGGUAAGCAAUAAAGCUUAAUGCAAGUGGAAAAAUAGUACAAGAAAGUGUAUUAUGCACAUGUUUUAGAAAAAGAAAAAAAGUGGGAAUUCCUGGGAAUUAACAACAAGGAGAGCUUUAUGAUUGGUUCAGUCAGCGAGAAAAGACCAUGUGACCAUGCUGUAGUGCUAGAGAAUGAAAGUCUAAAGUUUAAAUGAGCUAAACCUGUUGAACAGAGCGGCGAGUCGUUCCUUGUUUGUAUUACCUUCUUCAGCUUCAGUAAAGUUAACUUCAGCUUGUAAAUAUGUGAGGUUUAGAUGACUGAAAUGAACAACAGCACUUCUUAGCAUCUGCCUACAGUACAUGAAAAAUGGCCUGUUUAUUAUUGUUCCAUUAUGUAUGUUGGGUGUUUUAUAAUAAGAUCAACAAAGUCUGAUUACUCAAAAGUUUCCACUUGAGUAUGAUAUAUUGCUCUUCAUGUCUGCUGCUCAUGCUAGUGUAUAUCAGGAUUGGUAUCUAAUAUUGAAAUCAAUGGCUAUUUCACACAUUAUUGUGUUUUAUUUCUCUGUCUUGCACACACGUGUUGAACCUUUCUUAAUUAAAGUCUGAGUUUUGA